AUUAGUGGAUCCCUUCACCUUCACCCUUUAUUCAUACCAGAAGGAACAACAAGAGAGACAUCAUCGUCUUCUUCCUUAACAGAGUCAAACUUCUUCACAUACUUUCAAACACUCAAUUUUUCCCAAUUUUUCUUUCUCUCUCUUCAACCCUAAUUCUCAAAGUUUCGAUUUUUAUCUUCUUCUCAGUUUAACUAUUACAGCUAGUUUCAGUGGUAUGAUGCUGAGGGAAGUAUGCCGGCUAUAGUUGGAGGAAAUGCAAAGGUAUCAUGCUGGCAGCUGCACCAGUGCAGUUAAUAACAGUACCAUAGGCGGACCAUCUUCCAGGGAUACUGGAAGAUCUGAUUCUUCUUUUCCGGCUCACUUCCCUGUAAAUUCAAGGUCUUCCAUUCAUAAAUCGAAUCCCGAUUUGAUAACCAUGGGCUCAAGAAGUAAACAAAAUAUUAAAGGACAACCAAAGCGUUUUCCUAUUAUGCGGCGACAGCCACAGUUAAACAUAAAUCCAUACAAGUUGAAGUGUGAUAAAGAACCUUUGAACUCUAGGCUUGGGGCUCCUGAUUUUCUUCCCCAAACACCAAACUGCCCUGAGGAGACUCUGACCAAAGAGUAUUUGCAAUCUGGAUAUAGAGAUACAGUUGAGGGACUUGAGGAAGCUAGAGAAAUUUCACUGACUCAGGUUCCACAUUUUAACAAGCCAAUUGUGCAUAAUUGCAGAGAGGCUAUUAAAAAACGUCUAAGGGCCAUCAAUGAAUCUCGUGCUCAGAAGCGGAAGGCUGGUCAAGUAUAUGGUGUACCUCUUUCGGGAUUGCAACUUGCCAAGCCUGGUAUUUUCCCUGAACUAAGGCCGUGUGGUGAGGACUUCCGGAAGAAAUGGAUUGAGGGCCUAUCUCAACCACACAAGCGGUUAUGCACUUUGGCUGACCAUGUUCCUCAUGGUUAUAAAAGGUCAUCACUUUUGGAGGUUCUUAUCAGAAAUAAUGUUCCAUUGCUAAGGGCCACUUGGUUUGUAAAGGUUACUUACCUGAAUCAGGUUAGACCAGGUUCGGUUGGCAUUUCUUCUGGGACUGCUGACAAAAUUCAGCCGUCUCGUACAGAGAUUUGGACCAAAGAUGUUAUCCAUUACUUGCAAACUCUGCUCGAUGAAUUUUUCUCAAAAAAUAAUUCUCAUUCUACUCUUCAGAAUCGAGAGCGGUCACCGCAAAUGCCGUAUGCUGGAACACUGCUGCACAAAAGUGAUCCAUUAUCAUCCUUUUCUGCUGGUGAAGAACCAUCUUCACAUUUUAGAUGGUGGUAUAUUGUUCGACUUUUGCAAUGGCAUCAUGCUGAAGGGCUGAUUCUUCCUUCUCUUGUUAUUGAUUGGGUUUUGAAUCAACUACAGGAAAAAGAUCUGCUUGAGGUUUGGGAGCUGUUAUUGCCUAUUAUAUACGGCUUCUUGGAAAUUAUUGUUCUGUCACAAAGCUAUGUACGUGCACUUGCUGGAUUAACUCUUCGGGUCAUUCGUGAUCCUGCUCCAGGUGGAUCAGAUCUAGUAGAUAAUUCCAGAAGGGCAUAUACAACAUAUGCUCUGAUCGAGAUGCUCCAAUAUUUAAUACUUGCAGUGCCAGAUACUUUUGUAGCUUUGGAUUGCUUUCCUUUACCAUCCUCUGUAGUCUCACAUACAAUGAACGAUGGUAGUUUUGUAUUAAAAUCAUCUGAAGCUGCAGGGAAGAUAAAAAAUAGUUCAGAUUAUUUUGGUCGCAUUGUUUUAUGUAUUCAGAAACGUGCAGAAGAUCUUGCCAAGGCUGCAAGCCCUGGCAAUCCAAGUCAUUGUCUUGCUAAGGUUGCGAAAGCCUUGGAUAACUCUCUCGUGCUUGGUGAUUUACGUGAAGCUUACAAGUUUCUUUUUGAGGAUUUUUGUGAUGGAACUGUGUCUGAAAGUUGGAUUGUGAAAGUAAGCCCUUGUUUAAGGUUAUCUCUGAAAUGGUUUGGGACUGUAAAGACAUCUCUUAUACAUUCAGUGUUUUUCCUCUGCGAGUGGGCAACAUGUGAUUUUCGGGAUUUUUGUACUACCCCUCCUUGUGACAUAAAGUUUACAGGCAGGAAAGAUCUUUCCCAAGUGCAUAUAGCAGUUAGACUUUUGAAGAUGAAAUUGAGGGAUGUGAAAUCUUCACUAAGACGAGCAAAACGAAGCAUUCACAGAGCUAGUUAUGCUGCAAAGCAUGAAAGUCAGAGGCAUAAUCAGAAUUACAUUACUACUGGUUCUUCAGUUAUAUCUGAAAGCCCAGGUCCUCUCCAUGAUAUUAUAGUUUGUUGGAUUGAUCAGCAUGUGGUGCAUAAAGGGGAAGGUCUGAAGCGCCUACAUUUAUUUAUAGUUGAACUGAUACGUGCAGGCAUCUUUUACCCCUUGGCAUAUGUGCGCCAGUUGAUAGUGAGUGGGAUCAUGAAUAUGGAUGUCAAUGUGGUUGAUGUGGAGCGGAGAAAGAGACACUCACACAUCUUAAAGCAGCUUCCUGGGCAUUUCAUGCGUGAUGCUUUGACAGAAUCUGGGAUCGCUGAAGGGCCGCAGCUCAUUGAAGCCUUGCAAACUUACUUGACUGAACGCCGCCUCAUACUUCGUAAUUCUCCUAGCGAUCCCCGUGACGAUGCCAAUGCCAAUAAUGCCAAAUUACCUACUUUGAAACGAAAACGAAAUCCAGCUUCUUCAAAGGAUGGGACUUCUACAGUGUCAACUGACCAGUGGAAAACUGUUCAAUCCACUGCAUCGUCUAAAAGUGCAAAGGAUGGUGCUAGCAUGGAAGAACUUAAAGAAACCAUCUCAGUACUGUUACAACUACCUAACAGUUUAUCUAAUUUAAACUCUACAGGAUGUGAUGAAUCUGAAAGCAGUGUUAGAAAACCUACCUGGCCUCAUUAUGGCAAGACUGAACCAGUGGAGGGCACACCUGGUUGUGAAGAAUGUAGAAGAGCAAAGAGACAAAAGUUGAGUGAGGAAAGAAGCUCAUCUGUUCCAGCUGAUGAUGAUACAUGGUGGGUGAAAAAGGGGUUGAAAUCCACCGAACCUCUCAAAGUUGACCAACCUCAAAAGACUACCAAGCAGGUUACUAAGAGUCGUCAAAAGAACGUGCGGAAAAUGAGUCUUGCUCAACUGGCAGCUUCUAGAAUUGAGGGAAGCCAAGGGGCAUCAACUAGUCACAUGUGUGAGAAUAAGGUAAGCUGCCCUCACCAUAGAACUCCUGUAGAUGGAGAUGCUCUAAGGUCUGUGGAUAGCAUGCGAACAUGUGACUCUAGGGAUAUUGUUUUCAUCGGAAAAGCACUAAAGAAGCUUCGUUUUGUUGAGAAAAGGGCUGUGGCAGCUUGGUUGCUGACCGUUGUUAAGCAGGUGAUUGAAGAAACUGAAAAAAAUAUUGGUAAAGUUGGACAAUUUGGCAGGGCUUAUUCUAUGGUGGAUGAUAGAAACUCAAUACGGUGGAAACUUGGCGAAGAUGAACUUUCUGCGAUACUUUAUUUGAUUGACAUCUCUGAUGAUUUGGUAUCAGCUGUCAAGUUUCUCCUUUGGUUGAUGCCAAAGGUUCUCAGUAGCCCUAAUUCUACAAUUCAUAGUGGGAGGAAUGUUCUGAUGCUACCAAGAAAUGCGGAAAACCAAGUUUGUGAUGUCGGAGAGGCUUUUCUUCUAUCAUCACUGAGAAGAUAUGAGAACAUUCUUGUUGCGGCAGACCUUAUUCCUGAAGCUUUGUCAUCUACAAUGCAUCGUGCGGCCACUCUUAUUGCUUCCAAUGGGAGGGUGUCCAAUUCAGGCGCCACAGCUUUUACUCGCUAUUUAUUGAAAAAAUACAGUAAUGUUGCUAGUGUCAUUGAGUGGGAGAAAACUUUCAAGUCUACGUGUGAUGCAAGACUCUCUGCUGAACUUGAGUCUGUUAGGUCAGUCGAUGGAGAGUUGGGGUUGCCCUUUGGAGUUCCUGCAGGAGUUGAGGAUCCGGAUGAUUUUUUCCGUCAGAAGAUAAGUGGCAGCCGUUUACCUUCAAGAGUAGGGGCAGGCAUGAGAGACAUAGUGCAACGUAAUGUUGAAGAGGCGUUCCAAUAUCUUUUUGGUAAAGAUAGAAAGCUCUAUGCUGCUGGCAUUCCAAAAGGUCAUGCUUUAGAAAAAUGGGAUAAUGGAUAUCAAAUUGCUCAACAAAUUGUUAUGGGUUUGAUCGAUAGCAUAAAACAGACAGGGGGUGCUGCUCAAGAAGGGGAUCCCUCUUUGGUAUUGUCUGCCGUUUCUGCAAUUGUUGGCAGUGUGGGUCCAACUUUAGCCAAAAUGCCUGAUUUUUCAUCUAGCAAUAAUCAGUCAAAUAUAAUGUCAUUGAACUAUGCCCGAUGCAUUCUGCGAAUGCAUAUAACCUGUCUGCGCCUGCUUAAGGAAGCCCUAGGGGAACGCCAAAGCCGUGUGUUUGAUAUUGCCCUUGCAACCGAAGCUUCUAAUGUUUUUGCUGGUGUUUUUGCUCCUAGUAAAGCAUCUCGAGCUCAGUUUCAAAUGUCUUCUGCUGAAGUCCAUGAUACCAGUGCCACUAAUUCAAAUGAAUUGGGAAACAAUUCUAUUAAAACUGUGGUUACAAAAGCAACAAAAAUUGCUGCUGCUGUUUCUGCGCUUGUUGUUGGUGCAGUUAUAUAUGGUGUUACCAGCCUGGAAAGAAUGGUUACCAUUCUCAGGUUAAAGGAGGGACUUGACGUGAUACAAUGUAUUAGAACCACAAGAUCCAAUUCAAAUGGAAAUGUCCGUUCUGUUGGGGCUUUUAAGGCAGAUAGUUCAAUCGAAGUUCACGUCCACUGGUUUAGAUUGCUUAUUGGAAACUGCAGAAGCCUCUGUGAAGGAUUAGCGGUGGACCUCUUGGGUGAACCGUCUAUUUCAGCUCUUUCAAGAAUGCAACGCAUGCUUCCUCUAAGUCUGAUCUUUCCGCCUGCCUAUUCAAUAUUUGCAUUUGUUAGAUGGCGGCCAUUCAUUCUGAAUGCUAAUGUCGCAGUUCGUGACGACAUGAAUCAACUUUAUCAGUCUCUAACGAUGGCCAUAGCUGAUGCUAUAAAACAUUCGCCUUUUCGUGAUGUAUGUUUUCGAGACUGUCAGGGGCUAUAUGAUCUUAUGGUUGCAGAUGGAAGUGACGCUGAAUUUGCAGCCCUGCUGGAGUUGAAUGGCUCUGAUAUGCAUUUAAAAUCCAUGGCUUUUGUUCCUCUUCGUUCUAGGCUUUUUCUGGAUGCCAUGAUUGAUUGUAAGAUGCCACCAUCUAUUUUUACAAAGGAUGAUGUGAAUCGUGUUUCUGGACCCAGUGAAUCUAAAACUAAGCUUGCAAACGGCGAUUCUAAGCUUCCGGAUAAGCUUGUGCAUGUUUUGGAUACCUUGCAGCCUGCCAAAUUUCACUGGCAGUGGGUUGCACUCAGGCUAAUUUUAAAUGAACAAACCCUCAUCGAAAAACUGGACACACAUGACGCGUCUUUAUCUGAUGCCAUACAGUUGGCCUCACCUGGUCCGGAUAAGGCUGCUUCCGAGAAGGAGAGUAAUUUCAUCGAAAUACUUCUUACUAGGUUACUGGUUAGACCUGAUGCCGCACCUCUUUUUUCACAGUUGGUACAUCUCUUUGGUAGGUCACUACAGGAUUCAAUGCUGUUGCAUGCUAAAUGGUUCCUUGUAGGCCCAGAUGUCCUUGUUGGUCGGAAGACAGUUAGGCAAAGGCUUCAUAACAUUGCCGAGAGUAAAAAACUUUCUUCCAAGACGCAGUAUUGGGAGCCGUGGGGUUGGUGUAGUCCGUGUACUGAUCCAGGGACUAUCAAAGGAGACAAAAAGAAGUUUGAUGCGGCAUCACUAGAAGAAGGAGAAGUUGUCGAUGAGGGGAUAGAUAUGAAAAAGAGCCUUAAAAGACUCUCUCAUGUGUCUCAAGUGUUUGACUCUGAAAGCUCAAGAAUAAACCAGCAACAUGUGACUGAGAGGGCUCUUAUUGAGUUGCUUCUUCCUUGCAUAUACCAAAGCUCUGAUGAAUCCCGCAAUUCCUUUGCUAAUGAUAUGAUAAAACAAUUGUGUAGUAUCGAGGGACAUAUAGCUGCUGUUACAGGUGGAGUUAAGCCAGUUGGAAGUACUCCUCCUGGGGUUGAAGGCCAGACAAAUAAAGUGAAUACCAAGAAAGGUAUAAGAGGUGGAAGCCCUGGAUUAGCUAGGCGACCGGCAGGUGCAACAGAUUCUUCUCCACCAUCUCCUGCAGCCCUACGUGUUUCAGUGUCACUUCGUUUGCAGUUACUCCUGAGAUUUCUACCUAUUCUCUGCACCGAAAGGGAGCCAUCUGUACGGAACAUGAGAAAUAGUCUGGCCCCUGUAAUUCUUCGUCUUCUGGGCAGCCGGGUUGUGUAUGAGGAUGCAUAUAUUUUGUCGAAUGCCGUACAUUCUAAGAAGGAUUUAGAGUUGUCUUCUGAAGCUGCUGCUUCUGCAUUUGUAGACUUUUCUGCUGAGGGUCUAUUUGAUCGUUUGCUGUUAGUUUUACAUGCGUUGUUGAGUAGUUAUCCUGCAAGUUGGCUUAGGCUGAAACCUGGUUCGAAGUCUAUCAAUGAACCUACGAAGGAAGUUUCUGGAUUUGACCGCGAAUUUUUGGAGAGAAUGCAGAAUGACUUGGACCGUAUGCAACUGCCUGAUACUAUCCGGUGGCGUAUCCAAGCUGCAAUGCCUGUACUUUUUCCCUCUACGCAGAGCUCUUUCUCCUGCCAGCCUCCACUUGUACCUACUUCUGCUGUUGUUUGUCUUCAAGCCAGCAAUACAAUUCCUGGCUUUAACUCCAGUAGUUCAGCUAACCCCCCUCUCAGGAGCCCAGUUCUAUCAAGGGUUGCAGCUAAUACAUCAGCGAAGUCAAAACAACAGGACAGUGAAUUGGAUAUUGAUCCUUGGACGCUUUUAGAAGACGGCGCUGGAUCUUGCCCUUCUGCAAGUAAUAUUGCUAGUAUAGGUGGUGGUGACCAUACUAAUGUUCGAGCUGCGAGCUGGCUUAAAGGGGCUGUAAGGGUGAGAAGGACAGACCUCACAUAUGUUGGUGCUGUGGAUGAUGAUAGUUGAUUAACCAUAUUUUUUUAUUGGUUUCGGAUUGGAAUGUGCAAACCCCUCUCAACAGGUGCAUUUUUUGAUGCAUGAAAAAUGCCAUUUUGUGCUUUCCCUUGUACUGACGGGAAGCUGAGAGGGCGCUGUUAUGAAAUUCGGGUGAAGGGAUGAGUUUGUUGAGAAGACGAGGCGAUGUCCUCACAGCUCACCCUGUGAUUCUGGUAUGGUUGACCAUUAACCUGUCGAUCACCCCCAUCUGGAUUGUGCAUUUUACGGCACGGUUCAGAAUGUUUGUUGUAUAUAUAGGGAUGAAUGUUUCACUCACCAAUUGGUUUGAGUAAUAUAUGUCAAAGUGGUAUGUAGCUAUGUCAUGCUCAUUCAUGUGUAGUGUAAUGCACACCUGUGUGCUUACUGUCUAUGUAUCUUUUAGAGGCACAAACACACACAAGGGCAUUCAAACAUUGUUUCUUUUCAUACAUUUAGAUUAUUUUCAAAGUUAUAUGGUUGAUCUGGAUGAGCAUUAACUUGAACUGUAGCAUUCAAUUAUUUCCUGGCAAGUCCAGUGAUAAUGUCAUUUCUGCCUGAGUUUUAUCAGGAAAAGAGUUAUAUAUGUAUGGUUAGCAAGGGAAA